AUGAGUAAUUUAGAAACUACAAAUUCUGAAGGUUUUGAUGUAAUAAUUAAAGUUGGUGAAAAACCAAAUGAAAAAGAAUUUAAAGCAAAAAAGUCUAUCUUGACUAGCAAAUCGGAAUAUUAUAAAAUUUCGUUGACAGAAAAUUGGGAAAGAAAAGAGAAUGGAUAUUUUAUUUCCGUAAUGCCACAUAUUUCACCUUCAGUAUUUGAAGUUCUUUUGAAAUACAUUAAUACAGGAGAUAUCUCAGUUGAAAACAAUAAAGUUAGUCUCGUUGAUAUUCUUAUUGCGAGUGACGAGCUUCAAAUAAGUGGGGCCUAUCCAGAACUUGAAAGACGCUUGUUGAAGAACAAAUCAUCUUGGAAACCAAGCGAAAUUUUUACAGUCCUUCAGCUUGAUCAUCUUGACCAUUUAACUACUUUGUAUAACUCCUCGAUAGAAUUGAUCUGUAGAAAGCCAAAAAAAUUUUUUGAAUCAGAAUAUUUCUUUAAAAUGAAAGAAGCUCCCCUUAUUAAAAUUUUAAAAUGUGAUGACCUUGAAUUAGAAAAAUAUGAAAUCUGGGAAUAUCUAAUCCA